AUGUCUACUGUCGGUACGCCUAUACACUUUGAUGCUUUGAGUAUGAAAGUAGCUGCCUCCGUUACGAUUGGAUAUAAUAACUCUAUUUACGACCUAAAGCAAGAUAUCUUAGAGGAAAUUUGUAUUCCUGGCAAUGUAAAAGUCACAUACGAUCCUUAUGUUUUUGACGUGAAAACAGCAAUCGAAAAUAAUCAGGCUCUUUUUAAUACAGUUCUAGAUGUUGAUUUUCGCGGAAAAACAUCAGGCCACAACAUUAUAGACAUCACAUUUGUGUUAGGGGAGAUUAAUUUAUCAAGUGGGAAUAAAGCAAUAAAAAUAACUGUUGACAAUUAUUAUUAG